UCGAUUCUAUCAGUUAAAAAAAGAACUAAGUACAUGUGUAUGUGUAACAUUCGCUUAAUAACAAUUAAAAGAAAAACGUUAAUUUUAUAUUAAUUUUGGGUAAAUCACCUUCUUUUCCUCCAAUUCUUUACGACAGCACCAGGAAAAAAAUAAAUUUUUCUCUUCGUCUAAACAAAGCUAAUCUUUGUACCUUGGAGUGAUAGAAUAUAUAUCGAACAAUGUAUCAUCCAUGGAGCUUAAUCGCCUUUGCGGCGUGUUGCCUCCUUGUGUGCAACUUCAACUUGUUGCAAGUACAAGCUGAAGGCACCACCCAAAAAGCCGUACCCUUGGCCAGUGAAAAUUCCACAUCGACAACGGUUAAACCGGCUACAACCAAGGCCCCCGUAACAACACCAACGCCAAAAAUAAAAAUUGCCGACAGUCCAUUAUGUAAGAGCAAAUGCCAUUGUGAUCUGGAAUAUUUCCAAAUCGAUUGCAGCGGCAAAUCGAUGAAUACACUAUUCAGCCAGGAGGAAUGGGACACUCUGCUGAAUGGUGAUGUGAUUUUUACAACCAUCAAGCUGAACAACAACAGCAUCACUCAUAUACCCAGUCUGCCAUCAUAUCCCGUUGAGAAUUUGUAUUUAAGUUUCAAUCAAAUCAAUAACAUUACCUUGGGAGCAUUCCAAAAUCUAACGAAAUUGGCAAAACUCGAUUUGUCGCAUAACAAUUUGACCAAGACAGCCCUACAACCGGAUGUCUUUAAGGGUCCCUAUGCAACGGAUAAAUAUGAACCGCUAAACUCCCUGAUUGAAUUGGAUUUGGCCCACAAUGAAUUGCAUUCACUGCACGGCGAUCUGUUUGAACAUUUGCCCAAUUUGGAAAUUUUGAUUUUAUGUGAAAAUGUUUUCCAAGUUAUUGACACCCCAACGUUGGUGGCCUUGGCCAGUUUGUCAUCGGUUAAGACCUUGGAUAUGUCUUUCAUGGAAUUGUCCGAUCUGCCCGAAACCAUUUUCCACAGUCCGAAUAAAUUGGAAACCCUAUUGCUGUCUGGUAAUUUAUUCCGUGAAAUUCCCGUGGCCUUGAAAUGGGUAAAAAAUCUCAAAAAAUUGGUACUGGAUGAAAAUCUUUUCGGAGAUAUCGUUAAAGGAAAUUUCACUGAAAACCUCAACACCGUGGAAUAUCUGAGUAUUGCCUUCUUGCCGGAUACUACCAAAAUUGGACCAGGGGCCUUGAAUGUUUUCACAAAUAUGACAACAUUAAUUGCCUCUGACAAUCCGCACUUGUCUUCGAUACAUGAACUGGCAUUUACCAAGAACACUGCCAAUCCAGAAAUAUUUGUCUAUCCACCAUUGAAACAUCUUUACCUCAACAACAAUAACCUCUCCGUGGUGGAACGUAAUUGGUUCCAACGUUGGGAUCAAAUUACCACCAUCGACUUGCGUUUCAAUCCCUGGACUUGCGAUUGCAAUAAUCGUUAUCUCAUUCAUACGUUGAUCAAACAAAUUAACACCACCUCCGCACCCUUGGCUCCUGAGGUGUUGUGUGCCACUCCCCCCGCCUGGAAGGGUAAAUCAUUGCUUCAACUCUCCACCGACAAUAAGGAAUUGAUUUGUGAAAAUACCAAUCAUCCCGGCAAGGAUGGUGUCAUUUUGAUUAGUCUUUUGGUGGGUGUGCUCAUCGGCAUACCUUUGACAUUGGGAGCAUUGGUGAUUUAUCGUCGCGGUUGCUUUGGUCUCCUCAAUCGCGUUAAUCCCAGUGCUCCACGUUAUAAUCGUGCCAGUUUUACUGAUGACUUCCAUAUAUAAAUGGGAACUUAUUUGCAAUGUAAACAUUUUAAGCAGAUAAACAAAAUGACAUUAACAUUUGUAAUUAAAAAAAAUCAUUCAAAUAAUCUUAUGCCCUGUUCCAGAACCAAAAAAAACCUACUAUUUCUGCAAUUUUUUUCGAUAUCAUAAAGGGAAAAUCUGUUAUCGAAGUAAGAACUUUUACAUUAUUGCGUUUCUGAAACAGACCAUAAAUGAUCAAAUUAUGUUCACAGAAUGAGACAUAUUCGAAACUUGUUGACAAAAAAUAUAUGCAUAGAGAAAUCUGUAAAUCAAAUAAAUAAAAUACAUACAUAAUUUUUUACGAUAUACA